AUGGACUUUGCCACCGAGCGACAGAGAUCAGAAGAAGCGGGGGCAUCAUUUAGUGAAGUCAGUGCUCACAUGGUCCAGAUUGUCACUGCCUGUGUCUUAUUAAUUGUCCACGAAGUCCUUGGGGCUGGUUUGACACUGGAGCAAAUGGCGGCACAGGUAGUUCACAGAGUGAAUCCAAGGGGUUCCCACGUGACCUAUGACCAACUACGUCACUUCCUCAAUGUCAACUAUGACAAGAAUCAUGACGGGUGUGUAACUUAUAGUGAGUUUACGGCUGUGUGGACUGUUGUUUACCACGACUCCAUAGAAACAUCCACCAAAUUCGUCACGAAUAUGGACAUGGACCACGACGGCUGUCUAGAUGAUAUCGAGGUUCUGGUCAACGGGGCCAGAAAUAAUCAUCACCUUAAAAUAGGUUAUCCUUUGGGAGCCCAUGACUUUGGACUUGUAUUGGAAGUUUACCAUCCCACGGUGAGCGCAGUCGGGACUUCGCCAGACCCAGGAGUUGUAGGUUAACAUCCUCACGACAAACAAAAACUUCACUGGAGGAAUUCAACGGCUAGUGAAACGCCUGUAUCAAUCAAAAAUAAAGAUUUUUUCACUG